UGCCUAAACCUGAGGUUCAGGCUAAAGUUAGCAGACCCAGGCCGGUAUAUAAGACCCCAGAUGAGGACUACGAAGAUGUCAGUCAUAUCAGCGUGGUGUACACUUCCCCUCUUUUGACCAACUGCAAAAACUUUGAGAGAUGGCACCCAAGAAGGCCAAGAGGAGGCAGCAGGCAGAGGGCGGCAGCUCUAAUGUCUUUUCCAUGUUUGAGCAGAGCCAGAUUCAGGAAUACAAGGAGGCUUUCACAAUCAUCGACCAGAACAGGGAUGGUAUUAUCAGCAAGGAUGAUCUGAGAGAUGUGCUGGCCUCUAUGGGCCAGCUAAAUGUGAAAAAUGAGGAGCUGGAAGCCAUGGUCAAAGAGGCUAGUGGCCCCAUCAACUUCACUGUCUUCCUUACCAUGUUUGGUGAGAAACUGAAGGGUGCCGAUCCUGAGGAUGUUAUCGUGAGUGCUUUCAAAGUCCUGGACCCUGAGGCUACAGGCACUAUCAAGAAGGAAUUCCUUGAGGAACUCCUGACCACCCAGUGUGACAGGUUUACUGCUGAGGAGAUGAAAAAUCUUUGGGCUGCCUUUCCUCCAGAUGUGGCUGGCAACGUAGACUACAAAAACAUCUGCUACGUCAUCACACACGGAGAGGAGAAAGAGGAAGAAUAAUCUCAGUCCAUCAACCAUCUCUCUAACUCCUCUCAUUAUCACAACAUCUUGUUACAUUAUCAGUCUCCCCAUGGUCUAUCUGUCCUCUCAGAGAAAGACAUGUCUAAACUGGUGGUCUGUUAGAAUUUGGGCUGUCUGAACAUGAGUCAUAUGGAGAUAAUGUGAUUAUGAAAUAAUAUAAAUAAAUAAAAUAAAUAAUCUAAAAUCAUGAAAUCACACCCUCUCCAUUCUGUCUGCCAGUAUUUCCCUUUAUAAAUGUAUAAGCAGAGGAGAUAUUUAAAGAGAUGGUGCAUCUCUGUAACAGAGUGCCACCCUCUCUCUCAGUGUCUCCCGUUUCUUUUCAUGGAGAGACAGAAAUAUUAAGAAGGAAAGACAUUGAGCACUAAGAAAAGAUGCAGAGGAAGACAAAGUGAGGAUGAGU